GGUGAGCACACCUGUCUUGAACACCUGACUACUGCUGAAUGUAUCUGUUUGUAACUUGUAGCAACCAGAACAGGACAAGGCAGCAGAACAUCUGAUCAUGAAGCAACAAACUGUUCAGGCAGUGCUGAGGUCACAGGGAGUGGUUUCCUGUCUGGUGGUGAUUCUUCUCAUGACUAAAGCCUUGUCAGGUUGUGUUGUGUCCCACCUGAGUGCAGACUGCAGGUACAGCAGACUUCAGCUCGUGCCUGCCCACCUUCCCACAGACAUCACGCACCUGGACCUGCGCUGGAACCUGCUGGCCUUCCUACCCAACAGAUCCUUCUCUCACCUGCCUCGCCUCCUCAGCCUCGACCUCAGCUCCAACCUCAUCAACGACCUUGAACCUGGCGCGUUUGUGAACUUGACCUUGCUGCAGGUGCUGAGUCUCCAUGACAACCAGCUCCGAUUUCUUCCGCUUGCCAUCUUCCGCCCGGUUCCCGCGCUCCGUUCACUCCAGCUGUCUGGAAACCAGCUCUCAUCGAAUGUCUUACACACCCGAAACCAAGACAUCUGGAAGGACCUGAGGCUGGAACGUCUUGACUUGUCGGGUAACUUCCUUGAGACGGCCGCCUUCCCCGAAACGUUUUCCUCCAUGAAGUCGCUGAAGAAGCUUCACCUGGCCGGGAACCAAAUCUGGGCCUUCUCCAAGGCUGACUUCGCUCCGUUCCGAGGACAAGAUUUUGAAACUCUCGACCUCUCCCUGAAUCCGACCGCCCGAUUCGAACCCGGCUUCUUCCAGCAGUUCAACAGUCUGGAUGACCUUGACCUCUCACAGCUUGACCUCUCGCUGCCUGACCUUCAGGCCAUCUUUGCCGAGGUGGCAGACCUGAACCUGACCCGGCUGAAAAUGAACUAUUACGACUUGUUCUACGACCACGUCUUCGCUUCCCUGCAACCCGACACCUUCCAAAACCUCUUCGGCACGAAGCUCCAACAUCUCCAACUAAGCUCAUCCGCAGUCCAAGACAUCGCGGACAACUCCUUCCGCCACCUUCCAGACCUCAGAUCCCUCGACCUCUCCCUGAACUCCCUGUCACGCCUUCCUCAACAGGCCUUCAGCGGACUCCUUAACCUUCAGGCCCUCGUCUUAAGCUCCAAUCCCUUUCCUCAGAUCCCCGGAGAUGCCCUGUCAGCCGUGUUGCAAACUCUUCAAACGUUAGAACUCAGCGACGUUAUGGUUGAUGAGAUCCACCCCGGUGAUUUCGGGGACCUCCCACAGCUGACCCACCUGUCGAUGUCAGGCCAGCUGGGUGGGAGCCUGCAGAAACUGUCUCCAGGCUGCUUCCAGGGUCUCCCCGGCCUCACUGUGCUGGACCUUCGGCAGAACCGGCUGGGUGAGCUGCCUGAUGGGGCUUUCUCCGGGUUACAGAACCUCAAGGUUCUGCUCCUCAACCAGAACAGCAUCAGACAACUCGAAGAGACGUCCUUUUCCGGGAUGCCCAACCUGAGAGUCUUGGAAAUUUCCAGGAACCACCUAAUCACUUUGCCGGAAUGGAUCUUCCAGCCACUACAGAGUAUCGAAGAGCUGAAACUGGACAACAACAAUCUUUUUAACUUUCUAGGUGUAGUCAAACUUAAUGGCCUUGAAAAGCUUAAGCGCUUGAACCUGUCCUCCAACAAGUUAGGUCUCCUCCCAGUCUUUGACCCAGUUUCGACUCUUCAGCUCUUAGACCUUUCUUACAACCAGGUAUUUAACGAAAAAGUCACGUAUGUUUCCGAGAAGCCCUUCCGAAACUUGUCCAACCUGGUUUAUCUAAGCUUGAGCAACAACCAACUGGACGUCAUACAAAAGACAGACACCACUAAAUUCUUCGAAGGCUUGGCUUCGCUGGAGGUUCUGAAAAUGUCACGAACGGGGGAUCUGUGGAAAGCUUUCGGCAACACUUCCAUACUCCACGCCAUGCCGGCUCUGAAAGUUGUCGAUCUGAGCUCCAGUGGGAUCACGUCUCUCCCCAGGAAGGCCUUCGUGGUUCAUGUCCACUUGGAGGGCCUCGAUCUGUCUUAUAACGAGAUCCUAUCCUUGCCGGGCCAGCUGUUGCCCCCCUCCCCGACGUCUUUACAAGUCGUCAAUCUCAGAAGGAACAGGAUUACUGUCCUGCCUGAGAGCAGGUACGGGUACUUUGUGAGAGGACUCCAAGUCCUGGACCUGAGGGACAACUUCUUCCAGUGCGACUGUGACCUGCAGUGGUUUGUCGUGUGGGCUAACUCCAGCAGUGCUGUGCAGGGGUGGGAGGGGGGCGGCUACAUGUGUAACAGCCCCUCCAGCCUGCACAACAAAGCCUUAAGCAGUUACAACCCAGACUGCAUGACCUACACCAGCCUCUACACCUGCAUUGUUACAACCACUCUCAUCUCCCUCUACAUCCUCACCUGCUUUGUUGUCCAUAGGUAUGGCUGGUGGUUCAGUUAUAUGCUUUACAUGGCGGGGAGAGCGUUCAGGCACCGAGAGAUCGCGGGGAAUCCCGCUCGCAGGUUUCGCUACGACGCUUUCGUCGCUUACAGCAGCCACGACGAGCGUUGGAUCACCAACGAGCUCGUGCCCAACCUCGAGCACGCCGCCCCGCGGUACCGCCUGUGCAUCGGCGCGCGCGAUUUUGUCGGGGGCGUGGCGAUAACGCAGAACAUCGCCGUGAGCGUGGAGGCCAGUCGGAAAACGGUCUGUGUCGUCACGCGAAGCUUCGUGUCCAGCAGCUGGUGCAACUACGAGCUGCAGGCUUCCGAGGGACGGUACCGCGUGUUCGACCCACGGCGAGGGAACCUGGUGCUGAUCUUCCUGGAGAAGAUUCCGGACCACGUUCUUGCGCGCCACAAGCAGCUGAACACGGUCGUGGAACGGGACACGUACCUGGUCUGGCCGUGCGACGUGCGGCGCAGGCAGCUCUUCUGGGCACGACUUCGCGAUGCUCUGGGCCAACCCCUGGGUCAGGACGACCGGGUGGAUCCAGAUGUCAUGGAAGAAGAAGACUUUGUCUAACAAAAAGUAUGAUCAGCACGGUGGGGUCGUAUGGCGCAACGGCAGCGUGUGCGACUCGGAAUCAAGAGGUCCCA